GUGCUGCACUUUCUUCCUUGUUUAUCCAAAAUAAUUCUUAUAAAAAACUAAUAUUUCUCAAAUAAUUGCAAUGAAUGAAAAUAUUCUACAAAAUUCUAUCGAUAAAACACAGAUACCACCACUGCACCAAAAACGAAUUCUUGCAUUUGUCAAUCACUUUGUUAUAAGUUCUUGCUCAUUUCUAAAUGAUUUUGCAUCAAAAUGUGAAACAAAAUUCAUUGAAGUUGAAAGGAAAAUGCAAAAAGUUGAAGCAUCUUUGAUAAUCAUAGAAUCAAAGCUCUCAUCCAUUCCUAACCAAAUUGAACCCAAACAAAAGGUAGAAUUAGAUUCUUCUCCCUCUGCUGGUCAAGAGGUUCAUGAAGAAAAGAAGGUUGAUAAUGUUCCUUCGGUAGCCGAGGAAAAUGAUACAAUUGAACAAGUUCCAUCGCCUCCAUUAGAAGAAACAGGUGUCAAAGCUUGUGAAGAUGAACGGUACAAGAGAUUCUUCAAGAUGUUACAGUUUGGAGUCCCAAUUGCGGCUGUCAAGUUGAAAAUGAAAGCCGAAGGCGUAGAUCCAGAUAUCAUAGACACUCCCAACUUACUGCUUACAGAUGGCAUUACUGCAAGUUAACUGUUAAUUUAGUGGAGUGCCUUAAAGCAUAAAUUUGUAAAAUCUAGAAAUUCAGGGAAGGUCAAUGAAUUUGUAUAACGAGUGUUGAACCUCGAUUACAACAAUUUUUAACCACAAAUUACUGAAAAAUAAGUAUACCACCUAGUCAUUCCAUAUGAAAACGUUGAAUCGAAAUUGCUGUCUCAUUUGAAAAUGUUGCUCAAAGUUUGUGACGAUGCUUUCUAGGACUGUAAGGAAUCUGGUGAUUUAAUUUUAAGUUGUAUCGCUUCCCCCGCUACCCGCAUUCG